AUGCAAAAUCCAUUUAACGUACAAUUGCAUGGCUCUUGUGACGCCAGUGAGAAGGCCUACGGGGCAUGCAUUUACAUUCGUUCGACUGAUAACCAAGGUGUACACCACAUUUCACUUAUUUGCUCUAAAUCACGAGUUGCGCCUUUGAAGCAAAUUACCCUCCCAAAACUCGAGUUGUGCGCAGCUACUCUGUUAGUCAAUCUCUGUCAAAGUACCUCUCAAUCAUUAAAAAUUCAAAUUGAUAAAACAUAUUUCUGGUCAGAUUCAACAAUCACACUACACUGGAUUAAUACUCCAUCUCACACUUUAAAAACAUUUGUAGCUAACCGCGUAGCGGAGAUUCAAACUCAUUCAAAUCCAUGUGAUUGGAAACACGUCCCAACACAUGAUAAUCCAGCAGAUUUAGUUUCUCGCGGAAAAACAGCUCAUGAAUUUCUCAAUGCUGAUAUUUGGCAGCGUGGGCCAAGUUGGCUUUCUCAAAAUGACGAUAAAUGGCCUCAAUUGAAACUUCACCCGGGUGAAGUUUCUGAGCUUAGAAAAAUUCCAGAGGUCGUCUCUUUCAAACUAGCAAUUCAAGAUUUAAGCAUUUUAGAAAAAUACUCAUCACUCAAAACACUCAAGGGCGUACUCGCAUAUUGCUUAAGAUUUAUUCACAAUUCACGAAAUAAAAACAGAAUUACAGGCCCUUUAUCCCAAGCUGAACUUGAAACUUCCGAGCUUAAAAUCAUUCAGUUAACACAAUCGUAUACAUUUUCAAAGGAAAUUUGCGAUCUUUCACACAACAAACAAGUAGAUAAAAAAAGUGGUUUUCUUUCUUUAAAUCCAUUUCUGGACCAAGGAAUUCUCAAGGUCGGAGGGAGGCUCGAAUACGCUCAAAUUUCCGAAAAUCAAAAACACCCGAUUGUCCUUCCAAAAAAUCACCACAUUACGAGACUGAUAAUUCGCGAAGAACAUGUCCAAAAAAUGCAUGCAGGUACUCAAACUACCUUGUAUGGAGUCCGCGAGAAAUAUUGGCCAAUUGAUGGUCGAAAUGUUACACGACACAUCAUUCGCCAGUGCGUAACAUGUUUCCGAGUUAAACCCCGGGGUGUCGAAUACCUCCCGAAAAAUAGAUUGCAAUCUAAUCGACCAUUUUUGAAUAUAGGUGUCGAUUUUUGUGGACCAUUUUUUAUCAAAGAAAAACGCCACCGUAAUCGCAAUAAGGUAAAGGCUUACGUCGCCGUGUUCAUUUGCUUCGCAACAAAAGCCGUUCAUUUAGAAUUAGUCGGCGAUCUAAUUACAGAAUCAUUUAUCGGUUGCUUAAAAAGAUUUUUCUCACGUCGUGGAAAAUCACAGAAUAUUUAUUCUGACCCCCUGAUCCUAAUGAUCUGCUCCCUUUGA